GCCGUUGUGGAUGUGGGAAUGCGGUUACCAUAGGAGUGUGGGCAUUGCCGGACACUCCGUGGAGAUGUGCGCAAGCGAACCGGGACCCAUCGGGGCUGGCUGCUGUUUAAAUUAGCGGAGCUUUCUCGGAGAGGGAUGUAAAUGGGAACCCGAAGCGGAGAGGCGUCGCUGGAAACUGGGCAGCAGUGUCUGUGUAUCCCCCCUCCAUUUUUUGCUGGGGAUUUUCUACCGAGGGAAUGAAAGAGAAGCCAAGGAUUCCCCGGCAGCACCGUGGAGCCACGCAUUGCAGACAACAGAGAAAUGUGGCAGUGAAAUGAAAUGCAAAUUGCCUGAGCCAGAACUGUGACCUUUUUCCUGGUGCUGGUCCUGCAUGCAGAAGAGAUAAAACGCAACGUCAAGAUUUGUAGUUUGCAAAGCCAACAACAUCAUCAUGUUCUACGGUUCAUCCUCCGGGGCCAGCAUGUCCCUGCCAUCCAAGAGUCGCCUAAAGCGGCAGAGCAGGACCUUCACACAGGUCCUGUACCGUACUCUGAGCUACAGAGACCGCGUCCCAGCAGAGGCUGGAACAAACACCCGAGGGGACCGGCGCUCCACAACCGAGCCCCCAGAGCGCCCCGUGGAUGACCCAGCCGAACUCUCCACCCAGAGCUCAGCCCCCGGGGUGCUGAAGAUCUUUGGAGAUGAAAUCUGCGCUGGUGCCAACUACAAGAGCGUCCUGGCCACUCCGCGCUCCAGCGCUCAGGAACUUGUGAAAGAGGCGCUGGAGCGUUACUCGCUCAACAAGGAUGCAGCCCGCUCCUACGUGCUGUGUGAUGUGAUCGGACGUUUGGAGGGGGGAGGCGGGUGGCGGACCGAGUGCCUGCGAGCUCUUGGGGACAACGAAAAGCCGCUGUUGCUCCAAGAGCUGUGGAAGCCCCGAGAAGGACACGCUCGCAGGUUUGAACUGCGCAGGAGAGCUGAGGUGGAAGAACUCAACGCUAAGGAGAAAGAUACCAUCACUGCUGGGCCCAGAACCCCUCAGUUCUUGGCAGCUCUAAUGGGUCGGUCUGGGCUGGGCAAACACAGGAGCUCCCCCCUGCGGUCUGGUCGGGUGGUACAGUCCAGCUCUAAAGAUAUUAAUGCCCAGGCUCGUAAGCUCCAGAGGAACAGGGCAAAGGGGACGCUGACCCUGCCCCGCUCCAGCAAUUCCUCACUGUGUCGCAGCCUCAGCGAAACAAGCCUUAAUCAGCUUGGAGUGGGAGAUGAGCCCAAGCGAUAUUAUUCCACCUUACCUGGACCAUUUAGAGGCAGAGAACGUGACGGGCCCUCCAGCAACCGAAGGAAGGAAGAAGGGAGUCAGGGAGGAGGAGGUGUGAGGCACUCUCUGUAUCAGUCCCCCCACCUUCUUCUGCUACAGGGAUUCAAUCAGCAGGACUGCCUGGUUUACCUCCUGAACAGGGAGCAGCACACAGUUGGUCAGGAAACCCCAUCAGCUCGCCCAAACAUCUGCCUCUUCUCUCCUGACAUCCUUCCCCUCCACUGCCGCUUGCGCCGAGUCCCCGCACCCCGUCGCCAUACCAACAAUAAGGCAGAUGAUUUGGCAGAGAGUCAGCGUUUCUGUGUUGCUGUUGAGCCUGUGCUCAGUGCCACUGUUCUGGUGAACUUUUCCCGCUGCGAGCGAACAACGACUCUGCGACACGGCGACCUUCUCUCCUUUGGAGCACAUUAUAUCUUCCUGUACAAGGACCCCACAGGUGCCAAGCCCCUGCCUGCUCAGACGUUGGCGCGGCUACGUACACUGGGGCAGCUUUAUGACUCAGGGGUAGAAGAGGGGGAGGAUGGGACUCAGACUUGUAAAAUGUGUGGCUCGGUGCUGAAGGACAAAGCUGCACAGGUGCUAAGUGUCCCGGCAGUCAGACGCAGCUUUAAACCACACCUGGUGAAACCUCGUGGUGUAGGGAUGGCAUCAGGUGCCCCGUUGGCUUUGUCAGGAGGUGAAAUGGCAGGACGAGGCGGAGGAGGUCAAAAAAGAAAGCUGCAGCUGGAGUUUGAUCAAGCUCAUGAGGACCAGCUGUUGAACAGAAUCGUCUCUCUCAUUGAACCCGGAGGAGACGACCAUAAGCUGACGCCUGCCUACCUGCUGUGUCUGUGUAUCCAACACUCUGCCUCAACCUUCCCUCCGGGCAGUUUUGGCAAACUGCUACUCAAGAUUGUCCGUCGAAUCCAAACCAUCGCAUGGGAGAAGACAAAGGAGCUGGCUCAGAAGCAAGCUCAGCAUCAGGACCCAGCCUCCUUGUCUUUACUCAGCAUCUCAGACCUGAUCCCAGACUUACAGACCAUCUUCUUCUGGAUGUCAAAUUCAAUUGAGAUCCUCUACUUCAUCCAGCAAAGAGCCCCGGCCUACACACACAGCAUAGAGACGCUGCAAGGGUCUAAGGAGUCAUUGUUAUCGGCGACAAUAACUGCCAAUGAGGAGGCAAUGACUAUCUUGGAGGAAGUGAUCAUGUACACUUUCCAACAGUGUGUCUAUUAUAUCACCAAGGCACUAUAUGUUGUGUUACCCGGUUUAUUAGACUGUAAUCCAUUCCCAGUUGACAGCUCUGAGCCCUGCUGGAAAGGAGGUGUCGGGUUUCCUGAACCUGUGCGCAGAGUUCUGCAGGUGUUUCAGAGUGCUCAGGAGCUUCUGCAUGGCUAUCUGGUUCACCCGGAGAUCCAGGCUCAGAUGUUUGCAUACCUCUUCUUCUUCUCCAACGUGUCCCUAUUUAACCAGUUAAUGGACAAAGGUCCAGCCCGGGGUUGGUUCCAGCGCUCCAAGGCACUGCAGAUUCAGGCGUGUUUGCGAAUGGUCAUGGAGUGGGCAACAAAAUCUGGUCUUGGACAUCUGGCUGAAAAGUUCUUCACCAAACUCAACAGUACUGUCGCUAUAGUGGCUAUGCCCCCACAGCAGCUCACUCAGGUGACCAACACAAACAUACCUACUUUGAGUUGGAGAGUGUUGUCCAGUGAGCACCCAUCUCUGAAACCAGUCCAGCUCCACAGGAUUCUAACACAGUACCAGCUUACAGCAGAGAUAGGCCCUGUCCCUGUAUGGCAGCCCAGUAGUGAGGAUGAAGCCUAUAUAUACAGAUCAGUUGACCUCCUGGAGAGCUUCGAGAACCACCCGCCAAUCGUCCUGCCGAGCUCAGGGUUCCGAGUGGACCUGGACAGCGAGUGUGUGGAGGAUAGCAUCUACAGACAGCUGCUCUACGUCCGUCACUACCUGUGGGGGCUGCGGACCAAGCCUCAAACUCACACCAGUGCUCCCUGUGUGCAAACACAGUCCAAUGGAACCAAUACAGCCGAUUGGCCCGACGUUCAGAGGGAGCUGCUUCCUCCAGCCCACAGCAGCCCCCGGUCUGGGGGGGCUGGGGACGAGGUGACCGCAGAGGAGAGAGGACGAGACAGACCCCCGGGCCAGCCACAAACCCACAGCCUCAGAAGGAACGGGACCAUUCACCAUCCUCGGACAGCAAAUCCAGACACAUCCUGCCUCCUGACCCCACCCAACACCCCCCUAUACCCAGAUGGUGGAGGGGGCGGAGUGCCUGGCCCCAUCCUCAGCUCUAGCAUUCAAGCCAACGGCUGCUCAGGCAGAAUGAUCGCAGAAUGUAAAAAGACAAACGGACUCAUCGCAAAUGGACUUGAAGGAUGUAUUAGUGGGUGUGAGUUUCCUUUCCCUGUCUCCUCCCCUGGCGCUCCCUCCCUUGCUGAUGACUUAUGUGUGGUGUUUGUAGUGGAACUCGACAAGGGACCCUACGGACUGGGAAUGGGACUCAUAGAUGGCCUGCACACCCCCCUUAAUGCUCCUGGCAUUUACAUCCGGACCCUUAUACCAGACGGGCCAGCUGCAUCCGACGGCAGGCUGAGGAUAGGAGACCGCAUCCUGGCAGUGAACGGAACCAGUCUGAUUGGAGCGGACUACCAGAGCGCGGUGGAUCUGAUCCGUCUGGGAGGGGGUCGCCUGCGUUUCCUGGUAGCAAAGUCGGACCCCGAGGUCUCAGAGAAGAUCAGUGCCUCCUCCUGCUGACCACUGCCCAGCAAAGCGAGCGCGACGUUGCAGACACAGAUGAGCAAUGUUCAGCAGGGCUCACGCCAUUUUUGCUUUCAUGUAAAUAUGAAAUUUGGGAAUUCAGGGUUUGUGAAACAUUGAAGGGAUUUUGAUUAAUCAGGUCCGUACGGCCUCAUGUUCAAAGCACAGCACAUUCUCCUCCUUUUGUCAAUUUUUUAAGAGCCCUGAUUCUAGGUGUAUUCAUUGAUUGCUACUGUUGCUCUGAAAUAAUCCAUGUGACAUAAACUGAUGAAUGUCUUUCCAGUUUUAAAAAGCACUUGAUGAGAUGCUUUUGGAGAGGAAUGUUUUUAUAAACCUGUUUAAUAGAAGUUCCUGAGACGCCAUCAGUCAACUCUUUGAACCAAACCUUUGUGAUUGAACGUUUACUUUUUGUACCUGGCUUUGGAUGUAAAACAGAACAGAUUCCCCCACCUAAAAGUCCUCACUGGACUCCACCUUCACUAAUUGAGCUGAAUCCUGGAAACCUAACGCCUAGCGGAAAGGCUCAGCUCUAUUUGUCAUGUGUCAGGCUGUAGCCUCAGGUUCUCAGUGCUGGUGUGUAAACGGUGUAUAUAGCUGUAAAUAUUUCAUCACUCAGAAAAAAAACAGAAUGCGUUUUGGGAAUUACUGUCGUUUUGUGACGGAAACUAAUGAAAAGCUACUGAUGGGAACUGUUCUCAGAAAUAAUGGAAAUGUAAUUGUUGGAUUGUUUGUUUUUGUAAUUUAUGUAUUUAUUUCUUGCUCUUUAAUACUGGUUUGUACAUUACAGAAACUUCUUUGGUUUUUACAUUCUGCUUCAACAAAAAUACUUAUUA